AUGGACCACUCCAUGCAUAUGGCCAUGGGCCACGGUGAUAUGGGCCAUGGUGGUAUGGACCACGGUGACAUGGAUAUGGGAGGCCAGUGCAGCAUGAAUAUGCUUUUCAACUGGUCCUCGGAAAACCUUUGCAUUAUCUUCCGCAGCUGGCGAAUCACCGGCCCUAUCUCCUUCUUCUUUUCCCUCGUGGCUAUUGUGAUCCUUACAGCUGGCUAUGAAGGAAUACGAUCAGCAACUCGGAAGUACGAGGCUGCCCACGCACAGCGCCUGGGCACUUUCGUAGGUUCUGUCAACACAGGUGACACUGAGACUGCCGACCCUAUCAGUACCAACGGCCUGGCGAACGUUCUCCCUCGCACUCACAACGAAGGCUCACCACUGCUUGCAGGAAGGGACAACAAGGCGGCAUUGGCACGCAAGGGAAAAUUGACCAUGGCGGCUUUAUAUGCCAUUCAGGUCUUUUAUAGUUUCUUCAUCAUGCUUCUCUUCAUGACAUACAACGGCCCCGUCAUGAUUGCGGUUGCAGUGGGUGCUUUCGUUGGAUACCUCGCUUUCUCCGAGGGACUCCCAGCCAGCAAGACGAUCGCCUGUCACUGA